AUGCCUCCGUACACAGCACCAGCGUGGGGCGAGAGGGGGCGGGACGCUUGGGUGACCACGGAUGAGGCUUGUGCGAGUAAAGGGUGGCUGGCAAAUGGCUCGAAAGAUGCGGAAACUCUGCAGCUUGAAGCUUCCCUAGGCACUUGUGGCGUUGGCGGCUUUCACAUUGCGUGUCGGUCGAAGCCCGAGGGUCUUGAUGGGCAUUGCCACACGCAAAUCAGCUGUAAGGCGAAGCUACGCGCUCCAAUUCUAUGCGGUACUGGGAUCAAAGCUGCAUCACGACUAUAUGCAGAGUAUGAGUUGCUGCGCCUUCUCUUCGUGGCUUGA